AGGUGGGCAGCAUUGAGCCGGUCAGCUCGCACCCCCUCCCCUCUCCCUUUGCACGCCGUAUUAGCAUUUUCCCCAAAAUCUGUCCAUCUCACCAAAACACUCCGAAUGGGAAGAAAAUAUGGCAUGAAGGAGGCGGCUGACGACCACGGUUCACCGUCUUCUACCGAGCGCGAGCACCGACUGAACAUGGACUUAAGGACACGCGGCGUAAGCAGCAGCGCGUGCGGAGAGCAGAGACAACGGAGCACAAAGCGGAUGGAAGAAAACGCUCGGGUUGUCGCUUAGCAUUUCACGACCCAUCCUCAGCCUGUGAUAUCGCCACAGACGCGCAGAGAGGACACAAGGUGGAGGCCGGCGGGCUGCUCCGAGCCUCACACGAGGGUAUAUACUGAAAUAAUAGCGGGACGUAUUGAGCAGCCUCAUCAGUGCCAUCAGCCCCGGUUGAAUAAAAGAGGAGGAAAAUGAGUGAACAGAGUAUCUGCCAGGCACGGGCCUCUGUGAUGGUCUACGAUGAUGCCAGUAAGAAAUGGGUGCCCAUCAAGCCUGGGCAACAGGGCUUCAGCCGAAUCAACAUCUACCACAAUACUGCCAACAACACCUUCAGAGUGGUGGGCGUUAAACUGCAGGACCAGCAGGUGGUGAUCAACUAUUCCAUAGUGAAGGGCCUGAAGUACAAUCAGGCCACCCCGACCUUCCAUCAGUGGCGUGAUGCCCGGCAGGUCUACGGGCUGAACUUUGCCAGUAAGGAGGAGGCCACCACCUUCUCCAACGCCAUGCUGUUCGCCCUCAACGUCCUCAGCUCACCUGACAGCGGAGGCCCAGUCGUGCAGCGCCAAAAUGGGCCCUCCUCGGACGAAAACGAAGCACAGAGGAGGAUGAUGGAGCAACAUCAGAUGCACAAGGAGAGGGAGCGACGGACGUCAGGAUCAGUCGUUUCCACUCUCCAAUAUAAAGUGUCCACCCCUCCCAUCCACCCAGACACUCCUCCCGAGUACAGACAUUACAGAGCUAGCACACUGCCACCCUCCUACGUCCGCGUGGCAUCCUCCUCUCCUCCCACCUCCGCCUCCAUGUCUCCCUCUCAGGAGAAGGAGGCGGGAGCCGCUAGGGACAAGGCCCAGCUCUCCUCCCAGCUCUCCACCUCGCUCGCAUCAGCCUUUUCCCCAGUCCAGGCAGGAGUGACCACCCAGGGCCGACAGGUCCGUCAGAUCCCCCUAUCUCCACCCACCGCAGCCCGCCACCUUCACCUUCAACAGCAACAACAGCAACAAGACACCAUGCUGCCCCCUAAACACGGCACCUGGUCUGCUUCACACUUGCAGCAAAUGUACGCCCAGUUUCCCCAGUCCUCAUCCCCCCCAGUAAUGAUGGCCAUGCCGGUGAAGCAGGGUUUGCCCCCGCAGCCGGUCCUCCCGGUGGCUCACCCCCUCCCACCUGUAAGCACUAGGAUGAAGCCCCCACCUUUCGAUCCCAACACCGUUACAACCCCUCACCAAUACCCUCAGCACCACCCACACCCUCACUCCAACGGCCAGCCAGACGAUUCCUACUCCCCUCAUUCUCAGCACCUGCCACUCACACCACAGUACUGCGAGGCCAUCCCACUGCCCCCUCUUACAAGUCAGACACCCCCAGGCCCUCCCCCCAGCCACCAGCCCCAGUACCCAUCCACUUUCCACCCACAGCAGCAGCAACAACAACAGCAUCAGCAGCAGCAGGUGUACCACCAGCAGGCCCAGCCCCCUACCACCACCACCACCUCUUCCUCCUCCUCCUCGCCCCCCUCUUACACUGCCAUGUCUGACGGGGGCUCGCCCAAGAAGACCCCCUCCCCUGUCCCCCAGCCAACCCCCAUGACCAGCAGCACUGCAGCUCCAGCACCUAUGGCUGGUCCUCCAGCCCCACCACCACCACCUGGUCCACCACCCCCAAUGGCCGUGCCGCCACCCAUGCCCCCUCCAUUACCCGCUGGUGGAGGGCCUCCUGGUGGCCCACCUGGGGUCCAACACCAACCCUCAGGACUGGCUGCGGCACUGGCUGGAGCCAAGCUACGUAAAGUGAAUAGGGAUGAGAGCAGCCCUCCUGGUUCUAGUGGCAAAAGUGACUCCAACCGGUCUAGCGGUGGCAGUGGCGGCGGAGGGGAGGGACUGAUGCAGGAGAUGAAUGCCUUACUAGCACGCAGACGAAAAGCUUCUGAGAAACCUGAUGAAGAUGACUCAGGUGGUCGGGGAUCAGGUCAGCAGAACUCAACAGAUGCUGUGAAGAGGCCAUGGGAGCGAUCCAACUCUGCAGAAAAGUCCUCACUGGUGUCCAGAGUGAGGCCCAUCGGCAGCACUAGUGAAGCAGACACAGAGUUUGACAGGAUGAAACAGGAGAUUUUGGACGAAGUCGUGCGCGAGUUGCAUAAAGUGAAAGACGAGAUCAUUAACGCCAUCAGACAAGAAAUUGGCAGAAUCAGUACAUCCUAAUCUCAUCCGAGCGUACAGAUGGAAGAGGAGGAGCAGGAGGAGGAGAGCGACGGAGGAGCUGGAGGAGGACGGACACGCAGAUGCACAGACGCGAGGACCAGAGAAUGUUCUCUCAAUGUUUCUGUGACCUCAUAGACGCCAUCGUUCGAGUUGCAGAGACGUUGUGGCAACAUUUAAGUCUGCUGGACAGCAACAAUAAAAAGAAGAAACGGAGACAAGAGAGCGCGGAUUAACGAGAGGGACGAGCAGAAGAAAUGUGGGGAUGGAUUAAAGGAAGACUGACGUACAGGUUGAACUCAAACAGAGGUUGACAGAUGGACUAAAAGAAGAAGUGAGGAAAAGAAGGACAUUCGUGCUGAGUUUUGGUGUUGUGGUCCUCUCUGUGCACCUAGACUCAGUCAGCCCAGUGUUGCAACUCUUUGUUUGCCGUUCAGUCCAAGUCUUAAGAAGAAAAUAUUUUUGUUUUCUAAGUUUUUACUGUUUUAUUAUUUAAAAAAUGUGGUGAUAAUGAUGAUGAUGCUGUUGAUGACAAUGAGUAUUUUAUUGAUAUUCUAGAGGGAGAAAGGAAUCUUGCACACCCUACGUCAGCCUUUUAUAUUUUCUAUUGUUUUUGUUUAGUUUAUCCCUAACUCGUUGACGAUAACAAGCACAAUAUGGGCACAGUGGCUCCGCAUACCCACCUGCCCUCAACUGGCAUAUUUAAAAAAAAAAGAAAGGAAAAAAAGACUUUUUACGACCUUGCUCAUACUGGCGUUGUGUAUCUAACCUUUAAGAAAAAAAUAGCUUAAACCACUUGAAUUACCUUAAUUUCCACCAUAUUUAAAGGCAUAACAAUUUUUUUUGUUUUUAGCAAUGAAUCAGACAACACACAAAAAGUCUGCUCUGCAACUCCAGUGUGACCGAGGUUUCUCUGUAACUGUUCGGACGUGCGAGAUCACUGAAACUCGGGGAUCAUUCACAAAAAACAGGCCGAUAACUUUAAAUGUGCCACCUGGUUUUACCUAGGUAUAAAAAAAAAAAAUGUAGUAUUAUAUAUAUUAGUCACCCUAUGCUUUGUGAACCCCACCCCCCACCAAGUAUGCAUGAAUACCCCAUCUCUAUGAAUAAGUUUAUUUGGUUUGGGGACAAAAAAAAAAAAAAAAAAGACACACAUGCAAAAAUCUAUAUAAACGGUGGUACAUUUACUAUAGUGGUUUGUUUCUAUGAACGUUCCCUUUCUACAAGAUGUUAACCUUGAUGAUGGUAGCAAUGUGGGGAGAAAAAAAAGUGAAGAGGAUCGGUUGCUCUGGCAAUAUGCAAACCUAGCUAAGUGCAAGAGAUGAAAAGUAGGCCUUUGUGAUGGUAGCUAAAUGUGUAUUUGCAGGAAGGCUUUGGAUGAAUAUCAGUUGUUGCAUUCUGUUCACUCUGUCCGCUCUCAACUACGUUCUCAUUUAAAAAGCUGGAAGUAAAUUCAUUCAUUCAAAAAAAAAA